CCAACCCCUCUCUCUCCCUCCAUCCCUCCUUCUCUCUCUCUCUCUCUCUGUUUCUAGCUGUGGCCUGCUAAGAAACACAGCAGCAACACAUUUUUCUGAGAAGAUUAUCAAUGGAGAUGGAGUCUUGUGUUCCACCAGGCUUUAGAUUUCACCCGACAGAGGAAGAACUUGUGGGUUACUACCUUGCCAGAAAGAUUAACUCACUGAAAAUCGAUCUAGAUGUUAUUGUUGACAUUGAUCUCUACAAAAUGGAGCCAUGGGACAUCCAAGCCAGAUGCAAGCUUGGGUAUUAUGAACAGAAUGAGUGGUACUUCUUCAGCCACAAAGAUAAAAAGUACCCAACUGGAACGCGGACCAAUAGAGCCACUGCUGCUGGUUUCUGGAAGGCAACAGGGAGGGACAAAGCCGUGCUCUCAAAGAACCGGAUCAUAGGGAUGAGAAAGACUCUUGUGUUUUACCAGGGACGAGCACCCAAUGGCAGGAAAUCUGACUGGAUCAUGCAUGAAUAUCGCCUCCAAACAACUGAGCAUGGACCCCCUCAGGCAAUAAACCAAUGUUGGUGGCAACUGCAGGAAGAAGGAUGGGUGGUGUGUCGGGCAUUCAAGAAGCCCACGCCUAAUCACAGACAAGGUUUCGAAGCUUGGAGCCAUGCUUACUAUGUCAGGGAUCAUAACAGCCAACUUAGCCGGCCUCCAUCGUUUCCAGAUUUCGCAACCACAGCAGAAAUGGUUCAUCCAAACAUUCAAGCAGCUGCUGCAACAUUUCAUGAUGACCAACCCAUUAGUUCAGCACAGCAAGAGCAGCUUGUUUGCAGCCAUAAUGUUUUGGACAGCCAGCUUAUUGAGCUGCCACAACUAGGUAGUCCCACUCUGUCAACAAGUUUGGCAACAAAAGAAGGCUUUCAUCAUCAGCAUAAUGGAUCUGUAGCCAUUGAAGAUUUCGACGAGGAAAGGAGCAUCAGCAGCCAAUAUAUUGACUGGAGACAUUUGGAUAACUUGCUCGCAUCACAAUUUCCAGCUGGCACAACAUCCUUUUCCCAUCAAAACUUGCCAUUAAUAUCCCCGAACAUCGAACUUGAAGCUCAAAGCAAUGCUUGCUUUCCUGACUUAUAACAAAAGCUCAUGCAUGCAUGUGGAUAACCGCAAUUGAUCUAUAUUAUUAUUAUGAUAAUAUUGGCUCAUGACCAUCAUAAUAACAGUCUGUGUCUACUAGAUUUAAGGUUGAUUUCCCGUUUAGAAUUGUCAAAGAGAGUCCACACUAAAACACACACACAUACAUUAGAGCAAAGAGUUAAUCUCCUGCUACUCUAGGGCUCUGGGUGAAAGUUUUUAUUCACCAUCUUACUUGUUUGUGCUAUUUUGUAAUUGUAAAUUGUGCUCAAUUACAUGCAUUAAUUUGUA